GUUCUCCAGGGGAACGUUAACCAGGGAACCGCUAAAAGCUUUUAAAUCAGCUUUCCCUCCUUUCUGCUGCUCCUCUGUUCACCCUCCCUUAAUUCCGCUUUUACUUUGAAGACCGGAAGUGUCCUGUUACAGGGCUUUUAUUGUGAAAGUCCGCCCCGGAACUCGCCACCGCCGCUUAUAUCUAGCCGUCCUCGGCUCGCAGACAGCGACUGUCCUGCAGCACCGAGCCCGACCAUGAACGCCUCUCUGCGGCCUACACUCCUGCUCCUCCUCGGCCUCGCCUGGCUCGGCCCCGGCUCCUGCGGCCCCGCCUGCGGCCCGCAGAUCCCGCCUCACGACCAGGUGGCCCGGGUGGCGCGCUUCGUGGCGCACCAGUGCGACUGGGCCUCCAUGGCCACCAUCUCCAGCCACCGGCCCGUGGAGGGCCAGCCGUUCUCCAACGUGUUCUCGGUGAGCGACGGGCCCCACGGGACCAGCUCCGGGGUGCCCUACCUCUACCUCACCCGCAUGGAGGUGUCGGUGCAGGACCUGCAGGUGAACCCCCAGGCCUCACUCUCCAUGUCCCUGGCCCAGACCGACUACUGCAGGCAGCAGGGCUUCGACCCCCAGAGUCCUCUCUGCGCUCACAUCAUCCUGUCUGGAUCGGUGCUCGAGGUGAACGGGACGGAGGCGGACUUUGCCAAGAAAGCUCUGUUCAGCCGGCACCCGGAGAUGAUCGACUGGCCCACGGACCACAACUGGUUCUUCGCCAAGUUCAACAUCUCUCAGGUCUGGGUGUUGGAUUAUUUCGGAGGGAUCAAGACCGUCACGCCUGACGAGUAUUUCCAGGCUCCGCCCCACAGGAAGCACCACUGACGGAAUCCAACCUGCAACCCGGAGUGAUGAAGAUGAGGAUGAUGAUGACGAUUCCUUCUCUUUGACGUUCUCUGCUUGUGUUCUUAGUUCUACUAGUUGUUCCCCUUCAGUGGCUCGUUAACGCAGACCAUAACGAGGCAGAUCAGCUCCAAUUGGCUCUGAAACAUUAAAGUGAGCGGGUGGGCGGGGCCAAAAAGGUGGCGUCAUCAGAAUAAAGAGCUUCCAUAUUAUUAUAAUAAUAUUAUUAUUAUUAUUAUUAUUAUUAUUAUUAUUAUUAUUAUUAAAACUUGCUGUUAGGAAUGGCAUUUUUUCCAGAGAAGUUCCCUCUUCCUCCCCAGACCUGCAGGUAAAUGUGUCUGUGGACUCCUCGACAUCAGAGAACGUCCUGGAGAACAUCCUGGAGAACGUCCUGGACUUUUAUCCUAACUUCCUGCCUCUGCAGCUGAGUGGAAGCUCUCGCGGCUCUGAUGAACUACUUUAGCUGCAUGUUUAAAGGCCAGAGCGCGUUAGAAUGUGAGUUAUCGGGUUUUUACGUGAAUAACAGAGGGUGGGUGUAGUGCAGCGGUCUGACCACUGGGGGGAGACACCUGAUCAUUGACGCCAUUAAAGCACUUUAGACCGUUUGGUCAUUUCUGCUCAGGUUUAACGUGGAGAUUCAUCCCAAACCAAAGUUUCUGUGGGAUGCAGGAGGUUCUCAGCUCCACCCACAGUGUUUCUCCUGGCUUCAUGCUGAACUUUAACCUUUUUAUUGUGUUUGAUGCUGGAGGCUUUGCACUGCGCUCAGAUUAAAACCUGCACUUUGGGAAUCACAGAUUUAUACACAGAAAGCACUCUUUAUAACACGCCACAUGGUAUUUACUGGGGAAACUACAUUUCCCAUGGUUCAUAGAGACCAGAGGGCAUUAUAAGCAUUUUACCUUUUAUAAAAUGUCUCCAUUUUCAGAUUAUUUUGACCAUUAAGGGCUAAAUCAUCAGUUGUAUUCUAUAAAAUGUCCUGUUGAAGCUUGUUUGCUAUAAUAAUAUAUUUUCAUACGCUGGAAACUGUGAGAAAUGCAGAAAAUGAUGAAAUGAGCUGAUCUAUUUUUGAAAGAACAAUAAAGAUUUUUAGCAAAA